CAUCUGUACAACGUCAAGCACCAUAAAUUCGACCCCACUCUUGAAUAACGGAACCAUGGCUAUGAAGGGAAUACUUAGUGAGCAAACCCAAGUAUCACAAUCCCAAAAGAAAAUAUACUUCGACACCAAUGGGUAUCGUGGAAGAGGCUCAUAACGUGAGAAUAGUUGGGAGGGGAAAUGAAAUCGUGGUUCUGGCUCAUGGGUUUGGCACGGACCAAUCUGUGUGGAAGCACCUGGUACCACACCUGGUUGAUGAUUACCGCGUGAUUCUAUACGACAACAUGGGAGCUGGUACCACGAAUCCAGAAUACUUCGACUUUGACCGAUAUUACACAAUCCAUGGGUUUGCGUAUGAUUUACUGGCAAUUUUUGAAGAGCUUGAGGUGAAAUCUUGCAUCUUCGUUGGUCACUCUCUUUCCGCUAUGGUGGGUCUCCUCGCUUCCAUCUCCCACCCUCAUCUCUUCACUAAGCUCAUCCUCGUCUCUGCCUCUCCAAGGUUUCUGAAUGAUUCGGAAUACUUUGGAGGGUUUCAGCCAGAAGAUCUGAAGCAGCUCUACGAUGGUAUCCGAUCCAAUUACAAAGCCUGGUGUUCAGGGUUCGCUCCUUUGGUGAUAGGCGGCGACAUGGAAUCGGUGGCGGUGCAAGAGUUCAGCCGAACCCUAUUCAACAUGCGACCCGACAUAGCCCUGAGUUUGGCGCAGACCAUAUUCGAGUUCGAUCUCAGGUCAAUCCUGGGCCUCGUCACGGUGCCCUGCCACAUCAUUCAGAGCACCAAGGAUUUAGCGGCGCCAGUUGUGGUGGCCGAAUAUCUGCGGCUGAAUCUCGGCGGGAAGACCAUCGUGGAGGUCAUGCCGACGGAGGGCCACUUGCCGCAGCUGAGCGCCCCCGAUGUGGUCAUUCCGGUGCUUCUCAACCAUAUCCGCCACGAUUUGGCGGAGGCCAAAUGAGGGACUCCAAAGUCCCACGUAGUACGUCCUGCUCUUCAUUUGGAUGGUUUUUUUUUUUUUUUUUUUUUUUUUUCUAUUACCUUUUUACUACUUUCUUUGGUGUUGCCAAAUUAUUAUUACGUGAGAAGUAUGUGAUGUAUUAGCCUCCAUCAAAUAUUUGGCAUCCUCUGUAUCCUUUAACAAUAUCCAAAUGAUUACCGCGCAAAUCAUAGUCAAUAAAUAUGUAUUUUAGCCAAA